UCUGAAGAGAGCUAGGAUAGGCUCCCCUAUUCUGUCGUGUUUAAUUCUUUAAAUGCUGCCACUGCCAUGGCUAUCUUAAACGUUCUUUUCCCUCGCUUAUCAGCGAGUUGUACAUUGUCUACUGUCUGCUCUAAUAUAUCAGAGAAUCCCGGUCCUUCUUAAUUAUUUCUGUAUUUGAUCUAUCUUUAUUCUUGCUUACAUUCUCGGCCAUGCGGCAUUCCACUCGAGCGGCCGAGUCUGACAAUGACAGCCACUCCGGCACUGAUGUAUCGGAUGUCUUCUCGGAUGAUGGGAACGAUAAUUCCUCAGAAAGUGGAUCCGAAGCAAAUAGCGGUGACAACGAUUCUGAUGAUUCGGAUGCAGAUUCCAUUAUAGACGAUGGGGAGGCCCAGGAGUUUUCUGCUGAACACUACCUCCAAGAGGCUGAGUGCUUCGAUAUUUCGCGGCUUCGACAGAAACGAUAUAGUCCGCGCACCCAGGAAAAAUUGGAUAAGGCCCGAGAGUAUUGGGAAUGUUUCUGUCGUGAUAGCAAGUAUGAUCCGGUGGAACGCUUUCAUUGGCUGGCAGACUCGGAGGAGACGGUGCGAUUUUUGAAGGCUUUCUUCUCCUGGAGAUGCGAUCGCCGACGGGGAAAGAAGGGCCGCAAAUCCCCUGGGAUUAAAUAUAAGAGCUCAUUAGAGACAUUUUGGAAGUGGUGGCAUUUGGUUUAUAAGGCAGAGGUUGGCCAAGGGCUUAGCAAGGACACCACUGUGAAGAUUUUAGAUGUGCUGGCAAUCAUUGCAGAAGAGAAAAGGCUUCUGCUCGGACGCCGCCCGAAAGCCACGAUGUACAUCGAGGAUGUGGCCGAGUUCGCUCGCGUACUUCUAUCCACCACGGAGAUGACUUUUGAAUGUGGUUGGCUUCGCGUACAAGUGCUCCUCUACUGCCAGCUGGCAGCUAUCACAGGAAGCCGCCCUGGGGCUCUAUUGAACCUACGCUAUCGGAACCUCUUAUUAACCUUGAUCCGGGAUCCGGAGGGAGGACGUCCUCGAUUAUUUGUAUAUCUGACCCCGGAGUUUACUAAGACCUUCUUAGGUGAGAAGGAGCCGAAUACAUUUCCUAUCCCAGAAAUCAUCUUUGACCCGUCCUUAGUCCUUAGUCCGCACGUAUUUCUUCUUGGUAUGCUGUUUCGUAUCAAAGCAUUCAAGAGUUUCUCGACCAAUGGGCCCGUGCUGGACUGUCCAGAAAAUCUGUAUGCUGUUGGUGUUCUAGGAGGUCUCGGACAGCAAGAGCUAAAACUAAAAGAUGAGAUUCUCGAUCAAUUCGUGUUCUGCCAAGCAGUGCGCGAGGCAGAUGGCUUUCGAAUUGCCUUGGAGGAACAACUCACGGAUGGGUUUCUGCGAUACCGAAUGAAACGUGGGGGUGAGAUUACUGGUUUCGAGCAGGUCACGAAGCCAUAUGGUCUCCGUUACGGAGCUGCUAAAGCGUUCAAUGACAGCCCGGACGUUACCAAUGAGCUGCAGAAUGUGAUGUUGCAACAUGCCAGCAUUAAUACUUUCGUAAAGCACUAUAGCGUGGGCAUCCACGUCGAUGCCCAGGCGAUCGUUCGGGGACUGCCAGCUGCGAAACAACUAUUACGGUUCGCUGCCUCUAUGAGUCGUUCAAUUGACCCCCGGCGACCAUAUAAGCUGGAUGAUACGAGCUGUGUCAACGAAGUUCCAUGUGUGGCUGUUUUGAAGAAACAUUGCCAAGUAAGGAAGGGCAACCUAGACCAGAUGAAGCUGGCUUUUGAGACGGCGAAACAGGCUUUUGAGAAAACCUUUGGGGUUUACCAACAAGGAAAGAAAAUGGUCAAGAAAUUGUCACAGCCUGCUCAUCUGGCACUCAGAGACAUACACCGACAUGAAAGACAAUACACUCGCGCAGUCAGGAAAUACAACGAGGCCCAACGUAAGUAUCGGAAUGAAUGGCAACGACAACGUAACCGCCUGAUACGAGAGAAUCUGGAGCGAUAUAAGAAUGAGCAACCAGUCAUCGAUGUUGAACGGCAGCUUGCAGGAAGACUUGUGGAUGAAGAAGUGAUGGAGGCGUUGCAGCGUACUGGAUAUAUGACCCCGCAACAUAUGACGCUUAUCGACACUGUUCUCACCAUGCCGGGUGUUACUGUUGAACAGGAAUAUAAGCGCCGGAUUUCUGCGAUCAAUGCAGUUAUUGCCUUCUGUGAUGUGCAGGAGGGAUAUCCCACUAGACAACCAAAUGCGAACAAAAAACGUCGCGCUACUGACGGGUUGCCGCCUACUUCUGCGAGAAGACAGGGAUCUCCGCGGGUGGAUGAUGUUGAUACUGCUUUCCGUCAGGCAAUGGCGUCAGUUUGCAUCAAAUCUGCAGGCGAGAGGCCGACAAUUUGCUUUUUAUGUGUUGCAAAUUCCAAGCUUCCCGCUAUGGAGCGAUUGAGGGUGUAUAGUACUCCCGGAUCUCUCACCCGGCACUUUAUUGAUAAGCACAUCAAACGUUUCCCGAAGGAUGUGCGCGUCCGAUGUAAUGUCUGCAAUGAGGAUCUGCUGCAUAAGUCAGUAUUAAUGAAUCACGCGGAGCAAGUACAUGGAAUUGUCUCUCGCCGGCCGUUGUCUUCUCUGGGCCCAAUUUAGUUUUUAUUAUCUACUGCAUGGAAAGUCGCUACAGAUCGAGCUUGCUUACCUUUUCCUCAUUACUAUAGAAAGCAAAGAUCCGUGCCUACACCGUAACCCGCCUCAAAUGCAUAGGUACCCCGCGCUAAC